AUGGCUCAAAAAACUGUGCUCAUCACCGGUUGUUCCUCAGGAAUUGGGUUGGCAUUGGCAAUCAAAAUGGCUACUGAUGAACAGAAAAGAUUCAAAGUAUAUGCCACAAUGAGGAACCUGGCCAAAAAGGACAACCUUGUAGAAGCUGCUGGCAAUACCGUUGGGAACACCUUAGAGAUCAAACAACUGGAUGUCUGCAGUGAAGAAUCAAUUAAGAUGUGUGUCAGCAGCAUCCCAAACAGAAAAAUUGACAUCCUAGUUAGUAAUGCUGGCAUGGGACUCAUUGGACCAAUUGAAUGCCAAACUAUUGAAGAGAUGCAGAAUGUGAUGGAUACAAAUUUCUUCGGACUGGUCCGACUGCUGAAGGAGAUUUUACCUGAUAUGAAAAAAAGGAAGAGUGGGCAUAUCAUAAUUAUUAGCAGUGUUAUGGGAAUACAAGGCAUUUUAUUCAAUGAUGUUUAUGCUGCAUCUAAAUUUGCAGUGGAAGGAUUCUGUGAAAGUUUAGCCAUACAGGCACUCAAGUUUAAACUUAAGCUAACUCUGAUAGAACCAGGCCCAGUGCUCACAGAAUUUGAAAAGAAGGUUUUCGAAGAUGGAAUGAAAAUGGAUCUUUCAGCCACCGAUGAGGAAACAGCAGACAUGUUUGUAAAUAUUUACCUGAAAAAUUACAAGCAAAUUUUCGAGACCUUAGGACAAACAGCUGGUGACAUAGCAGAGCAUACGGUAAAAAUAAUUCUGGCAGAAAAUCCACCUUUCCGUCACCAGACCAACGCAUUAUACACUCCCAUGACAACGCUGAAAUAUGCUGACCCCAAUGGAGACCUUCCAAUUGACACCUUCUACAAGAUGGUUUUUCAGCAUGACAAGAUAUUCAGUGCAAGCCUUAACUUCAUUAAAUUGCUGAGAUGGAAAAGCAAAAAAUCCUUUGACUUGGGAGGGACAUCUUCCCAGUGAAGAAGGAUUUCAGUGGGUUCUUUGGGAGGUCGCUCACUUCCUCUGCAGAAAGAAUUUCUGGGUAGAGGAAGAGGCAACAAAAGCAUCUGAAGUGGCCCUGGCGGAAUUUUUAUUUGAGAAUGUGCUUCCAACUUGCAGGCAUUAGUUUCUGAUCUUACCUCCUAUUUAGUCUCAUAUUCUACUACAAUACUGAAUAAUACAAGCAUAAAUAUGCCAUUUCAACCACCCAUGAAGUAAACAAGUGAAUCUGUAGGACCUGCCUGUCACAGCUGUGGGCCACCUUGAGGUUAAAAAAACAAAUAAGUGUGUACAUUCAUGAAUGUUACAUGGCAAAGGGAGAAGGGUUAAGCCUUCCUAAUCAGUUAUGGUACUACUCCAGAGAGUUAUUUUGCCCACAAACACAGAUUUAAAAAAAAUGAAAAGAAUUUCCACCCAGAAGCCCAAUACACAUCUCAUGAGGUCUUUUUGACCCUAGCCUGUGUCUUUUCCGUUUUCUCAACAUAAUCCUCUUAUAGGCACUUUACUGUAUCUCAUCUUCACGAUGAAAUGAACCACCUUAAAUGUUGCUUCCACCCAUAUCGCCUUCUUGCUUUUGUGAGGAUUUUGUAUUUGCUGCCUCCAUGGCUGGUGAACUCGUGGCUUUUCAUAUAUUGUUGGUCUCCCAAUUCCCCUGAGCCCUUGAUAGCAUGGCAAAUUGCAAGGAAUGAUGGAAGCAGUAUCUGCUGAACAUCUGGAAUGUCAUAGGUCCCUUAGCUCUACCCUGUCAGAAGCAAAGUCCACUGUUCCCCUGCAGCUGUUAAAAAGUAGCUUCAUACCUAACUUUUGUUUACAGACCUGAAUUUCCAUUUUGGAUUUUACAUUAAUUCUAUAAUCUUACAUAGAUAUAAUCUGCAUUGUACUUGCACUGUGAAGCCCUAAUUUUUAUUUUCAUUUCAAAGGGAUUGUGAUGAAAUGUUGGAGUGAGUUGCACCCAUUGACCCCAAUUCAGCUGUAU